GCCUCUUCCCCACGGAAAUGAAAGGAGCACUUCCGGGUUCUGCCGGAACUUGGAGCCGGCGGCGUUAGUUAAGGCCUCAAACCGAAGCUCCUCCUUCCUUCCGGUCUUUCUGGAAACCGCACUUUGAUCUCGGCGGUGCCGAACAGGUACUUCCCGGCCGCUGCAGGUGCCCUCGGUCCGGUCGGCUGCACCGGGGCGAGCGAGGCCCUCUCUCGGUGUCGGCUGGGAGUUCCGUCGGGGCGCAGCGGGCCUGCGUGCGGCACAAGACGGGAAAGCCGGUUACCCGGGCCGCGGCCCCGGCGCUGACGUUCUGUCCCUUUUUUCUCUUCGCGAUCGGAGCGUCGCAGACGCGCGUGCGAGUCCGUCAUGGCAGAUGCGACCCCGAACGGCCCGCAAGGGGCGGGCGCCGUGCAAUUCCUGAUGACCAAUAAACUGGACACAGCAAUGUGGCUUUCUCGCCUGUUCACAGUUUACUGCUCUGCUUUGUUUGUUUUGCCUCUUCUUGGGUUGCAUGAAGCAGCGAGCUUUUACCAGCGUGCUUUGCUGGCAAAUGCUCUUACCAGCGCUCUGAGGCUACAUCAGAGAUUGCCACACUUCCAGUUAAGCAGAGCAUUCCUGGCCCAGGCUUUGUUAGAAGACAGCUGCCACUACCUAUUGUACUCGCUCAUCUUUGUCAAUUCCUAUCCCGUUACAAUGAGUAUUUUUCCAGUCUUGUUAUUCUCUUUGCUUCAUGCUGCCACGUAUACGAAAAAGGUCCUUGAUGCAAGGGGUUCAAACAGUUUACCUCUGCUGAGAUCUGUCUUGGACAAAUUAAGUGCUAAUCAACAAAAUAUUCUGAAAUUCAUUGCUUGUAAUGAAAUAUUCUUGAUGCCUGCUACAGUUUUUAUGCUUUUUAGUGGUCAAGGAAGUUUGCUCCAGCCUUUUAUAUACUAUAGAUUCCUUACUCUUCGAUAUUCCUCUCGAAGAAAUCCAUAUUGUCGGACUUUGUUCAAUGAACUGAGGAUUGUUGUUGAACACGUAAUAAUGAAACCCGCUUGCCCACUGUUUGUGAGAAGACUUUGUCUCCAGAGCAUUGCCUUUAUAAGCAGAUUGGCACCAACAGUUGCGUAGUUUAACAUCCAGUUAAGCUAUAAAUAUAAUAGAAGCAUUAUUAGCAGCUGGAACUUCUGCUAGGGUUGUAAAUUCCAGGUGUUAUACUGACCUCAAUCCAAUUUACAUAAUUUACAUAAAUGCAUCUCAGUGGAAAAAUAAUCAUUUUCCUGGCAUGUUAAAUCAAGCUUAAAAAGUUAGGAGUAAAUUUUUCUAUGCUGUGUGCUAAUGGUUAAGGAAGUUUGUAUCUAGUGAUAAAUGUACCACAUUUUUUUUUAAGAUGCUGUCAUGCUUAUAUCAUGAAAUACAUUCAUUUCUCUUGUAAAGAUAGCUCUAAAAUUUGUUUCAGCCUAGUUAGUAACCUGCAUUUAUAUUUGGCAUGAGUUUGUUAUGGUAAUAUUAACAUAUGAGAAUUCAGUAAAUUUUGAGACAGUAUUCUUCCUUUUAGUAAUUUUGGUUAAUGAUUUAAACAGAAGCACUUCCUGCUGUGUUUCACUUCAAAUUGUUGAAUUGAUUUUGUGCUGCUUUGUUAGGACAGGUUUAUUUUGGAUGUACCAUUAUAAGAGGAAUUCUAUAUGUAUCAUUUGCUAUGACCUAAAAUUUUAUUUCCGUAAGUA